CACAACACCAAGUCACGAACCUUUCGGAAUCUCCAGAUCUGGAAGAAUGACUGCCAAUCGCAAAGUGAUACAAUCGCAACAGCAUUGAGGCAACGCAUACGAUUUUUUUUUCUGCCAGGGCCACCCAAAAAUAGAGUCCGCCUCGUGAAGCUCUCCGCAAUUUUUCUUCCGGCGGCAUCUGGACCCAAUCUGCAACACCGCCGUCCGCUGCUUCAGUGCCAAAGCCGCUUACCGAGCCCAGCGAACUCGGGUGAACCCAUGAUACUUCCUGUAGCCAAGAUACACAGGCGCAAUAGAUCGGUGAAGCGAUGGCUGAGAUGUCGCUGAGCAGCGACGCGGAUGUAGCCGCCGCCGCCGCCGUCGCCGACUCCGCACCUACACCUGCGCCCGCUCCCGAAUCCCACGAUCCCACCAGUAGCGAUAACCAGGUCAAGUUCGAAGAAUCGACACUUGACCCCCUCGCCGCCAUCGGUCCCUGCAUCGAUUUCGAGACCGUGAAAGCAUGUGCAGAACACUACACUCCCAAGAGGAGGAGGGAUUCGGAAGAAGAAGCACCGGAUGGUGGCGACGAGAAACGAGUGAAAACCGAGCAUAAUUCUUUAUCCAUACAGGAUAUUCCCGCAGCUGCUACGGCUUCGCCUCAACAUGUCACUCCUCCUAUUGCGUCCCCUCCUACUGUUGCGCCGACUUCUGCGCAACCACAACCCUCGGUGCCACCACAAACUGCACAGGAUACAGCAGUCACAGGUUUCGAUUCGAAAGAGACCGCGGCUCCUCAGCCAGCAACUUCAACAACUCCCGCUGUUGCUGAGCUUCCUGCGCCGCAACAACAAACUGCGCCACCGACCCCCCAGGCGCAAUCUGCCCCUCUGCAACAAUAUCCUGUUCAACAACAAAUACAACAAAUACAGCAGAUGCAACAGGUCCCUCAGCCCACGCCGUCUCACGCACCUGCAGCACCUCAACCCAGCAACCAGCCUGUAGUAACCCAGUCCAGCGGCCCACCACUAUCAGCUCAACAACAUGCCGUUGCCGAACCUGCCCAUGUAACUACCCAUGUACCUGCGGCCCCUUUGCCCAGUGCUCAGCCAUUAGCAGCCCAGCAACACGCUAUUCCGGAAUCUUCUCACGUCACCGUGGCCCAAUUACCCAGUGCUCAGCCAUUAGCAGCCCAGCAUCAGCUCGCUGCUGAGCCUGCCGCUCCUAGCUGGGACCUUGCUGCUCUCCUUGAAUCUGCGCUGGGCGACAUUGAUGAGCAAGCCUUUAAGACCUUACAACAACCAGAACCAAGUGUCAUUCCUGCGAGAGCUCCUGAGCCCGCACCUCCGGUGGCAGCCAUGCCGGUUGCGCAGCAAUUACCUCGACCUGUCGCGCCUGUCGUCAGGCCGAAGCAGAAGAGGAUGAAGUUUCAUGAGAAUCCGAUCUAUAUAGUACGAUCCAUGGGUCUACAUUUCCUAGGCUCUCUGGCAGUUCAAGUACUUUUAGCUCUCUCUGAGAGGCCUAGAGUGGAGACCGUGAAUGCCAUCCGAAGUUCUGAUUCCGAGAUUGGAAAAGCCUACAAGUCACUGAGCGCCGCUUUCAAGGCUGCUCGAAGGAUGUUCUCAGAAACCUCAUCGAUCCUCCAAGCAGAUGAGCUCAAAAUCGAAGAGCCUGGCGACUUUGAAACCAUACAGAUGGCCAACUUGGCGACAAUAUGUUCCACAAUAUUCGAGUCUGACAAUGCGUGUCUACUGGAAGCUCACAAUGGGUUCUUGCGGACGUUUCUCGCCGAGUUAAGCCCGCUUCCAGACAACUUGACGAACCUAUUUCUUAGUUUGAAGACUCAGGCUUUUCUUCGCGCCUGCCCGGAAACUGCAGACGAUGCGCGAAUGCGAGAGCUUCUCGAGAUUUACUUCCCGGCCGACGCAGAAGCUCCUUUGAAACAGCUCCAUCCGGAUAGUCCACUCACCCAAACGGAAAAGGUCUUCAUGAGCAUGUCGACAAAACGUGGGGAGCGCUUAGGGAAUGAAGUGCGGGAUACGAUGAAAAGGAAGCUACUGGCCAUCGAAUAUCCCUGGGACGGCCUACUGGAUGACCUCAACAAAUACCUCCGAGAUAAUCUCGACAACGUGCUUACUUAUGCCGAGAGUCAGGGUAUCGAGAUUCCUGCCGAUGAGGAGUCGAUUCCAGAACCACAAAUCGACAUAGCCUCUGGGAUCGAUUUAUCUGCGCUUCAUGCGGCUGUACAUGGAACCGACCAUGCGAAGAACGGGAUAUCGGAGGCAGACAAAGCCGUGAUGGCGUCGGAUACCUUGGGACUAGGCAAGCUCAUUCAGGCUACUAUGGACAAGGACAAGGCAGCAGAAACAGAAUCCCUAGGGUUAGCAUCACUCAUCAAUGAGCGGAUGGGAGCACAUGCCGCCAGCCAAACGUACCAGCACCCACAGGCUGGUCUCACGUACAAUGGGCUAGGCAACAUGCACAACACAUAUCUAUCGCAACCACAAUACCACAAUGGGCCAUAUCAGCAACAGUACACUCAAGCACCUGCGCCAGGCGGCUCGGCUGAUCUGCCCCCCAACCAGAGCUCGCCUUCGACAGUUCUAUAUGAGCGCGCUCGGCAAGCGGCUGUUGCUAAGUCGACAGUAAGCAAUACUCGUCGUGAUGGCCUCAGCAGCACCCGUCGGCCUUGGAGUCCUGAAGAAGAGAGAGCACUGAUGACGGGACUUGACUUGGUCAAGGGCCCUCACUGGAGCCAAAUCCUUUCUCUCUUUGGCCCUAAUGGCACGCUCAGCGACGUUCUCAAAGACAGGUCGCAAGUGCAACUGAAGGACAAGGCCAGAAAUCUCAAGCUGUUUUUCCUCAAGACAAAUUCGGAAAUGCCCUACUACUUGCAAAGUGUUACUGGUGAGCUCAAGACGAGGGCCCCGAACCUUUCAGCUCGAAAAGCUCGUGAAAUGGAACAGGCAGGAGUGAAUGCAGCUACAGAGGCUCAGGGCAUGGCAGGACUCACGCACGACAGCAAGACAGCAAGUCCCGCACCACCGCCAUGUUCACCAUUGACACCAGGAGGCUCGGUUAAUGGCGGAAGGACAGGCAGCCCGUCUACGCCUCUGCAAACUCACGCCAAGAUUCCGAUUCCGCCUGCAACCUCAGCCGCCGGAGGCCCUUCCAUGGUUUCACACGCCCCGCAAGUUGCAAAUGGCAUGGUCGGUCCCCGGCCUGGAGUGGCGUCUACUAUUGGUCAGAUGUCUCCGCACGUCCUUGCUGCUCAAGCAAGGACAGCUGCUGCCACGGGAUCAGUACAACCUCAAACGCAAUACUCACAUGUCCAGACUCAAGCGUACCAGUCACAACCGCAGCAAGGAGCGCAGUUACAGCAACACCUGCCGCCUAGAUCACAGAACCAGGCACAGCUGCAACAACAGCAUCAACGUCACUUACCGGCGCAAAUUCCAGCAACACAGCAGCGCAACAUACCUCACAAUGCUCAGACUGGGGCGCAGCAACCGCCGGCACAGGGUCCACACCAAGCCCAACACUUGCCAGGACAGACGCCACAUCAAUAUACACAGGCCCAUGCACAGGGCCAGAAUGCCGCACAAAAGACUGCGCCACGCCCUCCGACCACACAAGGCCAGAUAUCGGCUGCCACGGGUCAACAAAACAUGGCCUCGUCUACGUCGCGGCCAGUGCAACAAGGACAGGCAGUGCCACAGAACUACCCGCAGAAACCGCUGCAUCCGGCCCCGCAGUCUAUGCUCCAGCAACCAAGCCAGCAAGCUCAACGUCCUCAGACUACCCAAGGAAACGUGACAGGCCAGCAACAGCUCCAGCACCAAGCUCAGCAGCAAUCGCAAGCAGUUCCACGGCCGCAGCAGCAGCCUCAGGCAACAUGGCAGGUUCAGGGGCAGCCGCAAUCGGCCCCUUCAAAUCCGGGGCCGCAAGCACCACGACCGCCUAUCAACGGGCUUCAGCCGCAGACAGCUAUUCCUGCAUAUCUUCAAGGUAGCCCAAGGCCAGCCCAGCAAUCGCCGUUAACUCUGCCUCAGGCACAAAAGGCCACCCCGCCUCCCAACACUACUCCGGCAGCACCACCUCAACAGACAGCUCCUGUUGCCAACCCCGAGCCAGUUCCCGCGCCCGCUGUCACUUCUGCAGAAGUUUCAGCCUCAGACAAGGCGUCAGGUCUUGAUGAAGACUUUAUGCAGAAGAUGGCAGCUGCGCUCGCCAAAGCAACAGGGUAGACUUGGGGUGUCUCGAUUAUCGUGCCUCUUCUUUUUACUAUUGUCCUCAUCAUCAGGUCAUGCGCUACAUAUUUACUCGGGAUGAGGGCAGGUUUUGAUAUUCUAUAUCUUUGUUAUUUUUGGGCCCAAAAAAUUUCACUUCAUCCUGGUCUGUUAUAUGGUUAUAUGGUGUUUAGGAGGGAAAAGGGUGCUCACGCAUUAGAUGCGACAUUGUACGGAGUUAUGGCUGGUG